UGCAGAAUUGAGCAUCGGUCAGCGUGCUCCGCUGUGGUAGGCCACGGCCGACACGUUGGAAUGCACCACAGGACUCGAACGCUCCAAUUUGGGUCUUACGCUUUCGCGGGAUCAUUAGUAGAGAUACUGCUGACCAUUACUCACGGUGGCUGUGUUUGCAUACCAUCCGAAGAGCAGCGAAGAAGUGAUCUAGCCUUGGCUAUCUCUAGGAUGAGAAUAAACUGGGCAUUCCUCACUUCAACUGUCCUUGAUCUCCUCAGGCCUGAGGCAGUGCCAUCACUAACUACAUUAUGUGUCGGUGGAGAACCAAUACGAAUCUCUCAGAUCGCACAAUGGGAAACCCGAGUACACCUGCGGCAAACAUACGGAAGCAGCGAGAUGUCUGGUGUUGUCUCAUCCCUAAGACUAAAUAAUACGUCCUCGACCAAGGAUGUAGGCCGAGCCAGCACUGGCAUCUGCUGGAUUGUGGAUCCAAAUGACCACAGCAAGCUUGCUCCAAUUGGAGCCGUUGGCGAGGUGCUCAUUGAAGGAGCUAUUCUUGGCCGGGAGUACAUUGACGAGCCAGACAAGACAGCCUCUACUUUUAUUGAAGCUCCAGCAUGGAGAGGCUCCUUUGGAGCAAACAUAAACCAACCACGUCUCUAUAAGACCGGAGACCUGGCGAGAUACAAGCAAGACGGGUCAAUUGAGCUGCUGGGGCGAAAGGACAACCAAGUGAAGCUGCGCGGGCAGCGUAUCGAACUAGAGGAGAUAGAGCAUCAAGCCAAGCUUGCAAGCACAUAUGUGAAGCAGAUCGCGGUUGAGCUUAUCCGGCCUCAGGAGGAUGAAGAUGGUAUGCUGGCUUGUUUCAUUGUAGUCAACGAUAGUACGGAUCCCCCCGCACACGAGGACGAAGAACAAGCUGCGCUGCGAACGCAUACACAGAACGCCAUACAAGCAGUGCAGGCUAGGUUAGAGGAAUGGCUACCACAGUACAUGGUACCCUCCGUGUUCAUUCCGGUACCAGGUUUGCCGGCGACCUCAUCAAGGAAGAUUGACAGGAAGCGAUUGCGAGAGAUUGGAGCCUCAUUCUCAGCCCAACAACUGGCGGAGAUGCGGGCAAUAAGCCAAGGGCCGAAGCGGCUGCCAUCGACGCAGACGGAGCAGACGUUGCAGCAGCUGUGGGGGCAGGCACUGCAGAUCGAGCCCCAGAGCAUUGGCCUGGACGACAGCUUUUUCCGUCUCGGCGGUGACUCGAUCAUGGCUAUGGAGCUAGUCGGCGAAGCUCGCAGGAUAGGAAUGCACCUGAGCGUGGCUGACAUAUUCCGCAACCCUACACUCGCUGACUUGGCUAGCUUAGACUACAGCCACAGUGGCAAUACUGCCGAAGAUAUCCUUCCCUUUUCUCUGUUGGGUGAAGAGGUGGACGUGGCCACCGUCCGCAAGGAAGCGGCCGUCAGCUGCGGCGUUGAUGCAGGCCUCGUCGAGGACUUGUACCAAUGCUCGCCGCUGCAGGAAGGGCUGGUGUCGCUGACGUCCAAGCGAGCGGGCGACUACAUCAUGCAGAGCGUGCUGGAGCUACGGGAUGAGAUAGACGAAGAGACUUUCCGAGCUGCCUGGGAGUAUGUCUUCCGCUCAAUGGCAGUGUUGCGUACCCGGAUCGUGCAGAACAGCAAACUUGGUUUGCUACAGGCCGUGAUAGCAGAGGGUAUCCGGUGGCGCGAGGCAGAAGAACUAGAGGAGUACCUUGAGAAGGACAAGUCAGUGUCCAUGGGGCUCGGCGAACCCCUGACACGCUACGCCAUUGUCACAGAAAGGAAAGAAGAGAAACGCUGGAUAGUGUGGACAAUUCACCACGCGUUGUACGACGGCUGGUCGCUCCCUCGAAUCAUAGAUGCGGUAACUAAGGCGUACACCGAGGGCAUGAUAGAACCGCAGCCUAGCUUUCACGCCUUCAUCAAAUAUCUCAACCAGCAAGACCAGGAGAUCACGGCGCUGUAUUGGCAGGACGCUCUCUAUGGCUGCCAGGCAACACUAUUCCCGCCCCUACCGUCAGCGGUUCAGCAGCCGGUUGCGGAUGCGAUGAUAGACUAUCAAUGCCCUCCACUUCUCAAAGCACCAUCAGACACGACGACAUCGACGCUUGUCCGCGCCGCUUGGGCCAUCGUCGCUAGUCGAUACACGAACUCGGAUGAUGUGGUGUUCGGCACUACAGUCACAGGACGUAAUGCUCCUGUUGAUGACAUUGAAGCCAUGAUUGGGCCUACUAUUGCAACCGUGCCAGUGCGAGUGCGAGUGGCUGGUGAUCAGACUGUAUCUGCCUUCCUCCAGGGAUUGCAGCAGCAGGCGACGGACAUGAUCCCGUACGAGCAGACAGGACUGCAACGGAUUGCCAAGAUGUCAGCAGAUGCGCGGCAUGCUUGCGGUUUCCAGACAUUGCUGGUUAUACAGCCUAUAAACGAUGCGCCUGGCAGCGAUCGGGUGCUAGGAGAGUGGCAUGACCACUCCGAGCCGCAAGACGUCUCGACCUACGGGCUAAUGCUGCAGUGCACGCUGGCGGCAGACGGGAUACGCAUCACAGCAAGCUUUGACAAGCGCGUGGUGGAGGAGUGGCUAGUCAAGAAGAUAUUGAGCCAGUUCAGCUUCAUCAUGCAACAGUUGGCCAAAGCACAACCAGGCGACAAGGUAGCUAACAUGGACCCGCUCACGCCGGAGGAGAGAACAGAGUUGUGGGCGUGGAACCACGAAACUCCAGCAGCGAUAGAACGGUGCAUUCACGACCUGUUCGCAGAACACGUCCAGGAACAGCCCGACGCGCCCGCCAUCUGCUCGUGGGACGGCGAGUUGACAUACGACGAGCUGGAUGCGCUGUCCACUAGACUGGCAAGCCACCUCGUUGGGCUGGGUGUCAAGCCAGAAGACAUUGUGCCACUGUGCUUUGAGAAGUCCAUGUGGACCGUGGUCGCGAUGCUAGCGGUGCUCAAGGCGGGCGGAGCAUUUCUCCUUCUUGACUUAUCUUUGCCCCACGAACGUCUGAAGUCGAUGUGCAGCAGAGUGUCUGGUACUCUUGCCCUAGCAUCCCAAGCUGCAGUACCAGUUGCGGAAAGCUUGAUUCAAUGGUGCAGCUCGCUCAACACGCUUCUCGGACCGCCACAGUACAACCCACAGAUACGGCCUAUGUUAUCUUCACCUCUGGAAGCACAGGAGAACCAAAAGGAUGCAGAAUUGAGCAUCGGUCAGCGUGCUCCGCUGUGGUAG